AUGUGUUCUGAUAUUUCUAUGUCUGGUAAUGUUUUCAGCAAGCAUUUCAAGAGUAAAUAUCUACCCUUAACUGUUAUGAGCUUUCUGGCUUGUGCAAAUGGCACAUGUUUUUCCAAUUUAUUGACAAAGCUAGGUUACAGCGCUCCAGAAGAUUUUUGCACAGAUUCACCUUAUUUUGGAUGCGAUGUAAAUUUAAAUAUAUUUGUAAUGGAUUUGUCUUCACGACCUCAGUUAACAAAUAAUGCUAUACAGAAUACCGAUGUAAGAUGUAUUGGACCUAAUCUCAAAACAAUGAUUACCUACAAAUGGAAUAUAGCUGAUAACUUUUUUGAUUUUGCAACAGAGUCUCUAAAUUACAUAGAAAUGAAAUCACCACUAUCAAUAAGUUUCAAAUACCCAAUCAAUUCAAAGAGUUUCACUACAACUUUAGGAAAAAGAAUUGAAGAACCUUUGUCUCUAUCGCUUUUUACUACACCCUUAAAAGAAAAAUUUAAAACUGACCCAGAUUUUACACUACCGAACAAUUUGAAUUAUGGAUUUUAUAUAAAUAAUGAUUUAGAAAACACUUCAAAUGAUCCUUUUGUUUGUAAAGAUGUCAGUUUUGUAACAAGAAAUAUCCCAUCAAUGUCAAAUGUUAUUUCCAAUGGUAUAUUUUCAUAUUUUUUAACAAGCGAUUUCGAUUUCAAUUCUUUCACAAAUUUAUCAACACACAAUAAUAUAAAAACUUUAUUGUUAAGAGGUUUCACUGGUGUAUCCCAUCCACUGGUUCCGCCAUCGAUAUUGUUGGGUUCAUAUAGUGAAAAUGUGAAUCCUACUAUAUUAUUUUUCAAUACUCCGAAUUUCCAUAUUGACGGUGAAUUUCCAUUUUCAAAACUUCCAAAUGGUCUUUUAAGAUUUUUAUAUAUAACAGGGGGACUAAAAAAACUUCCAAAUUAUAAAAUAUUUGAUUAUACAGAUAUUUCUCAAUUAUCUUUUUCUGCAAACCUAAUUGUUGGUGAUUUACCAAAAUGGGAUGGUUCAAAAAACAAUGUAACAAUCCUAGAUUUAAGUUCAAAUUCAAUAACUGGAACUAUUGAUGAAUCUUAUUGCUCUGUGUAUUUAAAUAUUAAUAAUAAUUUAAUGACAGGUAAAAUUCCAGAAUGUUUUACAUGCCAUUUUAGCGAUACUGCUUUUAAAUCUAUUUUCAGUCAUAAUUCAUUUGAUAACUACGAUACAAUAGGAACAUGCAUAACAGAACCAGUGUUAUUAUUAAUCGGUCAAAAUAUUGGAUAUAUAAUAAGUGAUAUUGAAUCAAAUAUACAAUUUAAUCUCAUAUUAAAAGCCAAUUCAAUUAUUAUUGCAUAUGGUUCCUAUACUCCAAAUAGAACUAUUCACGAAUUAAGUUUCAAGAGUACUGGUCAAAAAUUUACAUUAACUCCAGAUCCAUAUCCACCAUUAUUAUCAAAUAUAACAUCAAAUAAUCAUAUUUUAGUAUUCAAAGGUUUAUAUUAUUCAUACGAUAUCACCGAAAUAACAAUUACUAUUGGUGAUAAAUCUUGUGAUGUAACUGAUUCAACAUUUUAUCAAAUCACAUGUACUUUAACAACAUAUCCAAAUCAACUGAAUAAUGUAUCAGGUACACUCAAAGUAGAUCAAUUACAAACAACAUUCAAUUUAAAUUUAGAUAACAACGAUGGUAACGAAGUAUUCAACAACUAUACAUCAUGUCCAGACAACUGCAACGAUUAUAUAUGUAACUAUAAUACUGGUAUUUGUGAAUGCCCAAAAGACUGGACCGGCGAAAACUGUUUAACUCCAAAUCAUUAUGUAUCAUCAAUUACACCAACAUACGAAGAUGGCGGAUUAGUAACAAUGAAUGGAUGGUUCGGCGAUAUUCAUCAAGAUUUGAAUAUAACAAUCGGAAAUCAAGAAUGUAAAAUAGAUACAAUAUCAUCAAAUACAAUCACAUGCAACAUUGGAGCAGGUACAGGUAAAAAAGAUGUAAUCGUAAAUCAAAAUGGAAUCACAUGGAAAUCAUUCAACUUUUUUGUAUACCAAUCAAAACAACAAACAUGUUUAAACAACUGUAUCGAUACUAACCAUGGUAUUUGUAAUACAUCAAAUGGUAUUUGCGAAUUUAAUCCAGACGGUUCAACAACAAUUAAUAACGACCAAACAACAUACAAUAUAUUAAUCACAUCAUUAUUAGAACUCGAUAUCAACAGUGACACAGUUAAACAAUAUCCACUUCAAAACAAUUGGAAUAUUACAUCAAAUGAUAAAAACGGAUCAAAUGUAACAUUCACACAAAUAUUAAACGAAACUGAAUGUCAAAUCGUAUUAUCAAUUCAAGAAAUAGAAAAUAAUAUUCAAUAUUCAUUUGCAGGUUUAGAAUUCAAAUUAGAUAAAGGAUCGAUUAAAGUAUCAGUAUCAAUUCACAAUUACAACUAUCAAAGUCCACUCAACACAUUACAAUUACAAAUGAUAUCAAAU